AUGCCCGACGACUUGCUGCGGCGCGCGGUUGGCGCGAGCACGCUGCACGUCCUGCCGAAUGGCGGCAACGCCGGUUCGCGCGCGCGCAUGCUCCUCAACGCGUCCUCGUGGCGGCAGCAGCUGCACGCCGCCGUGCCGUCGGCGCAGCGCAUCGGGCUGUGGAGCGACGGCGGCGUCGAGGUUCUCUGGACAAAGCGCGACGGCGCGAGCGGCGUGGGUACGCCGUGCGUCGGCUGCUCGCCGCUCUACGCGGUGGUCGGCGGCCGCCCCUUCUUCGUGUGGCCGACGAGCGAGCGGCCGCGCCGGGUCGCCCUGGAUGAUGACGGCGCUGCUGGCACGAGCUGCACGCUGCGCACUCUCAGCGAGCGGCCGCGCGUGCUGAUGGCGGAGGGCCUUCUCUCGUCUGCCGAGCUCUCUGCGAUCCAGCGGGCCGGCGCGUCGCGCCUCCAGCGCAGCUCGACCGACUGGUCGCUCGUAGCGGCGCUCGGGCGCCUCUUUGGGCCGAGGCAGCCAGCGCACCGCACCUCGCGGAGCGCGUGGCUCCACGUCAGCGACGAGGCCUCCUCCUCCUCCUCCGCCGCCUCCGCCUCCUCCUCCGACGCGGCGCUCGUGCAGGCGGCUGCCCGGCGGGUCGCCUCGCUCGCGCGGCUGAGCGUCGCGCACUCGGAACCGAUGCAGGUGGUCCACUACAACACGUCCGAGUACUACUACUACCACCUCGACAACCCAGACGUUGGCGGCGGCGGCGGCGGCGGCGGCGGCGGCGGGCGGAGGCGCCGCCAGGUGCCUCGCGUGCUCACGGCGCUUUUCUACCUCAACGACGGUUUCGAGGGCGGCCACACAAACUUUCCUCUCUCUGGCGGGCACUGGCCGCCCGCCGGGGCCGCGGGGCGGGGCGCAGCCGCCGCGCAGCACGCCACCGGUGGCGACCACCAGCCGGCGCGGGCCCAGGACGUGCUGCGCGCGUUUGGGCCGUGCCAGACGGCGCGCGGGCUCAGCGUGCGCCCCAAGCGAGGCGACGUGCUGCUCUUCUAUAACGCGCAGCCCAUGACGGCCGCCGCCGACUACUGGCCGUGGCAUGGCUCGUGCGAGGUCACGCGCGGCGAGAAGUGGGCCGCCAACCUCUGGUUCCACGCAGGCACGCGCACGCGGACAAGAUGACCCACCCACCCGAGCGCCGAGGCAGCCGAUCCGCAGCGCCGGCUCCUCGGACGGCCAUUGUCCAGCUUGUAACAAGUAUUUCAUUGAGUGUGUGCGCGUGGCGUCGGGGCCCGCGGCCGAUGUAACCUAAGUUCACCUUAGAGGAAGCACAGUGAUCCAA